AUGGUGACGCCUUCGCCCCCCAAACCGUGGGAACGCGCCGGCUCAGCAGCUACCUCGGGGACCAGCACACCCGUGACCUCGACAGCCAUGACGGCAACCGCACCGACCUCGACCAACCCCUCCGCAUCCUCUACAUCAUCGACAUCAGCACCGACUCUGCCCGAGCGACCUGCAACGCUCAAUAGCGUCGUCAACCAGACCGCAUCCAACUAUACCAAUCAAAACCGAUUCGGCACCGGUAUGGCCACGGGCAUUGGCGCCAGCCCGUACUCUUCGCCAUACUCGUCCUAUUCGUCACCCUACAAUAGGUUCGGCGGAGGGAUGUACGGCGGGGGAAUGUAUGGCGGAGGCAUGGGUUACGGAGGCGGCAUGUACGGCAGUGGCAUGUAUGGCGGAGGAUACGGGAGUUACCCAGGCAUGCCGGGCGACCCGAACAACCCGCAAAGCCUGACGCAGACAUGGAACCAGAGCACGGCUGCGACCUUCCAGAUCAUGGAAGGCAUAGUCGGUGCAUUUGGUGGAUUUGCGCAAAUGCUUGAAAGCGCUUACAUGACGACUCACUCUUCUUUUUUCGCAAUGGUUUCAAUGGCCGAACAACUAGGCAACCUCCGGCAGACUCUGGGGUCCGUACUAGGUAUCUACACACUCCUACGCUGGAUGCGGACGCUGCUAGCAAAACUGACGGGCCGCCCUCCGCCCGCCGACGCAACGGCACUGACACCAGCCAACUUCUCAUCAUUCCUCUCUGGCGGACGAGGAGCCGCUCCCACCACAUUACCCGAUGGCAGCCCGGGGCCUCCAAGACCAUCAAAGAAACCAUUCAUUUUCUUCGCACUUGCUGUCUUCGGCCUACCGUAUCUGAUGGGCAAGGUAAUCCGCGCCAUGGCCAAGUCACAAGAAGAAGAACAGCGCCGCCAACAGGAGCAAAUGGCGCUCAGCUACCCGACGACCACAGGUCCCGGUGGUGAACAGGUGCCCAUCGACCCAAGGAAACUCGACUUCUGCCGCGUGUUGUACGACUACACUCCCGCGCCCAACUCGGCCGGCAUGGACCUGGAGGUGAAAAAGGGCGACUUUGUCGCCGUCCUCUCAAAGACCGAUCCCAUGGGCAACCCGUCCGAAUGGUGGCGGUGUCGCGCCCGCGACGGCAAACAGGGAUACUUGCCCAGCCCUUACCUCGAACCUAUCCAGCGACCUUCUCAACGUACGCAGCAGCAACAGCAAAUCACACAGGGUUCAGCGGUUUCCGCCCCCGGCAGCCGCACUGCUACCAUGAAGGGUGGUGAUGCGGUCUCGGACGCACAAAAACUUCUCCAGGAUGCCGCGGCGGAUCGCACAAAGAGCCUCAGUUCCAUCUAUACAAACAACAACACCAAUGCCGCAAAGGGGCCCCAAGUCUCAGGCGGGCCAGGCGACAUCACUGCCGAAAGCUUCCAGAAGAGCGCGUUCUAUUCAUAA